UGCUUGAGUCAGCGGCAUCUGACUGCUGCUUCCGGGUGUCCCGCGGCUGUUGGGGCGUCCGCCUGUUUGUCUGGGUGUCCGUCCGGGUGUCCUCCUGUCUGUCCAUCAGGGUGUUCUGCCUCUCCUUCUCCUUCUGUGUUUGUCCAGGUGUCCGUCCGUCUGUGUGGCUCACAGGGGUGUCUGUCUGUCCGUCAGAGCGUCUGCGGUGGGGGUUGUGUCCAUCUGUCUGCUGGGGGCAUCCAUCUGUCCAUUGGGGGGGCAUCCAUCUCCCUCUUGGGGUGCCAACCUGUCUCCCCAACUGUCUGUCCAUCCGUCCACCACCUUCCCGACGCCAUGUACACGGCCCUCCCCAAAAGCGGUUCCCCCUUCGGCCCCGCGCCCACCCGCCCUGGGCUGCACAUCUGGCGCGUGGAGAAGCUGCGCCCGGUGCCGGUCCCCGAGAGCUCGUGGGGCGUCUUCUUUUCCGGGGACGCCUACCUGGUGCUGCACCUGGGGUCCGAGGAGCGAGCCCACCUGCACCUCUGGAUCGGCCGGGAGGCGUCGCAGGACGAGCGGGGCGGCUGCGCCCUGCUGAGCACCCAGCUGAACGCGCUGCUGGGCGAGCGGCCCGUCACCCACCGCGAGGCACAGGGCCACGAGUCCGAUGAGUUCAUGGGCUACUUCCCCCGCGGCAUCACCUACCAGGAGGGCGGCGUGGACUCGGCCUUCAAGGUGGCGCAGCGCAGCGCUGGCCCCGUGCGCCGGCUGUACCAGGUGAAGGGCCGCAGGAACAUCCGGGCCGCAGAGCGGGACCUGAGCUGGGCCAGCUUCAACACCGGCGACUGCUUCAUCCUGGACCUGGGAGAGGCCAUCUUCACGUGGUGCGGGGCGCAGAGCAACGUCCUGGAGCGCAGCCGGGCUCAGGAGCUGGCUGCAGCCAUCCGUGACAGCGAGCGGGGCGGCAAAGCGCGCCUGGAGACGGUGCUGGACGGCGAGGAGCCCCCCGAGAUGCUGCAGGUGCUGGGCCCAAAGCCCACCUUGAUGGAGAGCAGCCCUGAGGAGGACGCGGCGGCCGAUCGGAAGGCAGGGAUGGCCGUUCUCUACAAGGUGUCGGACGCAACGGGGCGCAUGGACCUGAGCGAAGUGGCCCGGAGCUGCCCCUUCAACCAGAGCCUGCUGUGCCCUGACGACUGCUUCGUGCUGGACACGGGCGCCGGGGGGAAGAUCUACGUGUGGAAAGGGCGCAAAGCCAACGAGCAGGAGCGGCAGGCGGCCCUCAGCGUGGCCGAGCAGACCAUCGCCCGCAUGGGCUACUCGCCCCACACACAGGUGGAAAUCCUGCCGCAGGGCCGCGAGACGCCGCUCUUCAAGCAGUUCUUCAGCGGUUGGAAGUGAGGCGGCGCCGUGGGCACAGGGUGGCAUAGGGACGGGCUGUGACCCCACUCUCACGCCCACCGUAUUCCCCACACCUCCAGCCCUGUGCCAGCUCCAAGCCCAACCCAGCCCUGCACCAUCAGCCCACCCUCACUGUGUCCGAGGUCAUGCCAUCCCCACUCCUCUCUUUAAGCCCCUGCCAUCUACAAGGCCAUUCCACCCCCAUGCCAUCUCUGUCUCCAUCCCCACGGCACCCCGCUGCCACCUCCAGCCCCAUUUCUCUGGCAUCCCAUCCCAGUGCCAACCCAUCCUGGAGGCCACGCCAUCCCCACACCCAUCUUUCCUGGAUCCAUCUCCAUGCCCAUGCUGCUCCCAUGCUGCCCCUGUGCCUCCCAUCUCUGAGCCUGCACCAUUUCCCUCGCCACAUCCAUGCCACCUGCAUGGCCAUGCCAUCCCCAUGCCACCUCCCUCUCCACCCCCAUUCCAUGCCACCCCUUCUCAGUGCCAUCCCCAUGCCCCACCACAUGCCAUCCCCAAGCCCACGCUGCCGUGCCACAUCCCCGCCGUCAGCGCCGUGCCAUCCUCACAGCACACAAAUAAAGGCACGAUGUGCACCCUGUGCCACA